CAGUUUUUGCCACCGAGUCAGAGAGAACUGAACACAAAAUGUUGUUUAUCAUAUACUUGCUGAGCGCCAUAUCAGCUUUGCUGGUGUACUUGCUGCACCGCAACAUGAACUACUGGAAGAGCCGGGGAAUACCUCAGGAGCCGCCACAUCUCAUCUAUGGCAAUGUCGUCGGGUUCAGAAAGACACGCGUGCUCAACGAUCUGGUGAUUGAAUACUACAACAAAUUCCGAAAGAGUGGACAUCCCUUUGUGGGCUUCGCCUUCAUCCAAAAACAAAGCGCCUUCAUUAUGGACACCAAACUGGCAAAGAAUAUUCUCAUUAAGGAUUUCGCGAACUUUGCCGAUCGUGGACAGUUCCACAACGAGCACAACGAUCCCCUCACUGGACAUCUAUUCAAUUUGGAUGGCAAACGUUGGAGGGAAAUGCGUCAGAAGCUGUCGCCCACAUUCACGUCUGGCAAGAUGAAGUUCAUGUUCCCCACAGUCAUCAAAGUGUCCGAAGAAUUCGUAGAGGUAAUGAUGGAGAAUGUCCCAGCUAAGACUGGAGGAGCCAUUAUUGAAAUCAAGGAUCUGAUGGCACGCUUCACCACCGACGUNUCAUCAACCAUGACCUACGCUCUCUAUGAACUGGCCCAACACACAGACAUUCAGGACAGACUAAGGGAAGAUAUUCAAGAAGUACUGCAGCAACACGAUGGAAAACUGACCUAUGAAUGCGUUAAGGCCAUGCGAUACUUGGAUCAGGUUAUUUCUGAAACCCUCCGACUGUACACUCUGGUGCCUUUCCUGGAGAGGAAAGCACUUAAUGAUUAUGUGGUACCUGGUCAUCCCAAAUAUGUCAUAGAGAAGGGAACACAGAUCAUUCUUCCUGCCGCUGCCUAUCAUCGGGAUGAAGACCUUUAUCCCGAACCAGAGAAGUUCGAUCCAGAACGAUUCUCACCCGAACAGGUGGCAGCUCGUGAUUCUGUCGAGUGGCUGCCCUUUGGGGAUGGGCCCAGAAAUUGUGUGGGAAUGCGCUUCGGCCAAAUGCAAACACGAAUUGGUCUGGCCCAACUGCUAAGGAACUUCAAGUUCACAGUUUGCGAUAAGACUGAUAUACCCCUUAUAUAUGAUCCUAAAUCGCUUAUAAUAGGCACUAUUGGAGGCAUUUACUUGCGCGUCGAACGUGUUUAGAAUUGAAUGUAAAUUCUUUUAAAGACGUCCAGAGUUGCUUACAUUGGAUUUGCCAAAGAAUUUCAUUGCUUUGCCGUGCCAAUCAAACAGAUCUGGCUAGUUGUAUAAACUUUAAAUUUGCAUAUCUUUUAAGAUUUAUUUUUGUAAUAUAUGUGAUAAUUAAACCAGAAAACGUUAUUUA